AAAUAGCUGUGCUCCAGCUAAGGCUACAGGAUGUGUUGAAACGUUCAAAGAACAGGUGACUAAUAACAGCCUUAAAAAAAUGACAGCAUCUGACAGACCACUCAGAGCACUACAGGUAAACUCUCCAAUGCAACAGGUGCCUUCAGGUGAUUCAGUUGUGCCUGAUGCACUCAGAUGUCCCAGAGGUAAUCUGCAUAGUAACCUGAGUGAACUUGAGUUUUCAGUGCCAACCCACCAACCAAGUACCAGUGUAAGUGGAAGGCCAAACAAUUUUGUGAAUGAUGGAGUAUCAAGAAUCCAAUCAAAUUUCAGACUAAGAACUCCACUUGUUACCAUGCCAAAAACAGAGAAAUGCAUCAACCAGUGUCUUGCCACAAGUUCCUUUGAAGGUCUUUCAGGUGUAAUUGAACCAGAUCAGCAUAUCCAGUGCUCAACUAUUUACUUAAAGAACAGACGACAAGAUUUACAUGACUAUUCAGAAAGUACUGUCAGGCCUGAGUCUCUGAGCAGGAACUGUGAAACUUCUGUUGAUAAUGCUGAUGUUUGCAUCCAAGAACUUGCAAACCCAAUCAACCUUCAAGGAACUUUACAGACUAGGGCUAGCAAAUGGCAAAAAUAUGAAAUCACAAUAUCUCCAAACAGUAGCAGCUGUAGUACACAAAAUUGUACCUCAGGUGCAGAAGGAAUGUCUGACAGGGCAGCAUUUGAGGAAGAGGAAGAGAGAACACCUGCAAUUCAGGAAAAUGUAAAUGAUUCCUUUUCCGUAGAGCUGAUCAAAGACAGACUGAUCAAACAGCAUGAAAAUAUUUUAAGAGUAAAUGAAACAUGCUCUUUGCCAAUCGUCAGUUCUACUCAUUACCAACACAAUGUACUGAGCAACACAAAUCAUAAUAGGAAAUUGUCAGAGGAUACCUCACUGUCAGAGCUGUGCUUUCCCAGAGCUGAUGUUUCACAAGGAACAAAGGUUCUUAAGAGACAGAUAAUCAUCCCAGCUACCUUCCUCAGUCCUAUCCAUUACCGACAGGUCUUCACAGCAGCAAUAACAGAGCACCUCAAUAUUUGGCUCUUUGACCUAUCUCAGAAACUUCACAAAGCGUUGUCAAAAGUUGACAUAUCCAACUACUCUUCAGCAAAAGGAGGAACUGCUGGUAAAGAGCAAAGUUUUGUCCCACUUUGCCAACAUCAUCAGCCUGCAAAGCUUGUCAUGGUUAAAAAGGAAGGUCCAAAUAAGGGUCGUUUAUUCUAUACUUGUGAUGCCUCAAAAGCUAACCAGUGUAAGUUUUUCAAGUGGUUAGAUGACAUACAAACCACUAAUUUGGAGCAAAAAGUGGAGCCCCAGUCUAAGUUAACGCUAUCUGAUGCCAAGAGUUUAGGUGCCUUCAUCAGAAGUCAGUACAUAUCUCUGUACAGUGAAUGUGUGCUUCAUAUAAGGAAAACAUCUGCUUUUCAAAGAAAGAAGUUCUAUCGUGGCAAGGUGAAAGAAAUGAUAAAUAUAGAAGGGGAUUUGGAAAGUUGCUGUAAAACUAAACUGUACCUUGGCUUAAGCAGGAAAGAGAACUCAUCAGUUUACAAUAAAGAUGACCUCUGGGUUGUAUCAAAAACGUUGAUGUUUGAUGCAUUGGACACGUUCAUCGCACGUAGUGUAUUCUAUGGACCAUCCUCAACAAGUGAAGUCGAGCUUUUGCCACUGAAAGGUUAUUCUCCUUCCAAGUGGCCUUCGGACAUGAUUGUUCAUGCUUUGUUUGUUGGUAAUGCCAGCACUGAACUUAGCUGUCUAAGAAAUCUGCAGGAACAUGUUAACCCAGCUUCUCUUCCUCUGCUGCCACACUUGCUCAAAAUGCCUUGUUAUGAUGAAGCAAUAGUCAAGUCUGGAAGAGGAAGAUUUAUUUCACCUGCGUUAAAAAUGCCCGUGGUAAUGACUGGAUUGUUGUGCAAAGAACGGACAGUUGCAUUGGCAACAGAAAUGAUGCGGAAGUUUCACCUGAAUACAGAUCAGGCAGCUGCAUUCAGACAAGUAGCUAUAAUGAUGGCCAAGGGCGAGAGCCCCCAAGAUCUCAUUCUGUCAGUCACUGUUAUCCAUGGGGUCUAUGGAGCUGGAAAGAGCUAUCUGUUGGCUGUUUUGAUUUUAUUUCUUGUUCAACUUUUUGAAGAUAGUGAAGCAACUGAGGGUCCUAGGCAGGUCCCAUGGAAACUUCUCAUCUCUGCCUCUACUAACGUUGCGGUCGACAGAGUACUGCUUGGGCUUCUUGAGCUAGGAUUUGAUAGAUUUAUCAGAGUCGGAAGCAUUCGGAAGAUUGCCAAACCGAUUUUACCAUAUAGUUUACAUGCAGGUAGUGACAAUGAAGAACUAAGAGAGCUGCAAGCACUUAUGAAAGAAGACCUAACUCUUGUUGAAAAGAUGCACGUGAGAAAAAGUGUUGAGCAACACAAAUUGGGCAGGAACAGAGCUGUGCUGAAGGAGGUGCGAGUGGUAGGAGCCACUUGUGCAGCAUGUCCUUUUCAGUGUAUGAACAACCUGAGCUUUCCAUUGGUGUUACUGGAUGAGUGCAGUCAGAUCACAGAACCAGUUUCUCUCCUUCCUAUUGCAAGGUUUGGAUGUGAAAAGUUGAUCCUUGUUGGCGACCCCAAGCAAUUGCCACCUACAAUUCAAGGCUCUGAAAGUGCUCAUGAAGCUGGCCUAGAACAAACUCUCUUUGACAGAAUGUGCCUGAUGGGCCAUAAUCCCAUUAUGCUAAGGACUCAGUACAGAUGCCACCCUACUAUAAGCGCUAUAACAAAUGAACUCUUCUACAAUGGGAAUCUUAAAGAUGGACUUUCUGCUUCAAAUCUAAACCCUCUGUUGGACUGGUUGCCUACUCUUUGCUUUUAUAAUGUUAAAGGACAUGACCAGCUGGACAGGGAUGGCAGCUGCCAUAAUCUAGAAGAAGCAACAUUCACUGUGAAACUUAUCCAGUCCCUGAUAGCCUGUGGAAUUAAAGGAUCUAUGAUUGGAGUGAUAACAUUGUACAAAUCUCAGAUGCACAAGUUAUGUGGAAUGCUUGACUACACUGCAAAAUGUGACCCUGCUGAGAUUAAAGCUGUACACAUUUCAACAGUUGAUGCGUUCCAAGGAGCAGAGAAGGAGAUUAUUAUAUUGUCCUGUGUGAGGACUCGUCACGUUGGGUUCAUAGACUCGGAGAAGCGCAUGAAUGUAGCACUUACCAGAGGGAAAAGACACCUGCUGAUAGUAGGCAAUCUGACUUGUCUAAGAAACAACAGAUUGUGGAAAAGAGUUAUUCAUCACUGUGAAGUGAGAGAAAAUGGCUUGAAACAUGCGUAUCGAUGUGAACCAGAACUGGACCAGAUCAUAAAAUGUUAUAGUGAACAGACGGCGGCCGAGAAAGGACAGAAAAAUCUGAAGUCCAGAAGCAAGCCAGUUCUCCCUGAAGAGGGCAACAAAGUUGUUAAUACCACCGAACAGGCUGAAGGAGAUAAAAUGUCUGAUGUGCAAGAUUGCACAGAUUAUCUAAACAGAUAGACUACUUCAAGUGGAAAACGAGAACAAGAUGUCAAUAUCAAGAACAUUGAGCAGAAUGACAACAGCAAGACUGCACUAAGGCAAUGCAAGUAAAUCAAUCUAAAAAGUAAAUGUAACUGGAGUUUGAAAAAUCAAACAGAAAUUAAUGUUGAGGAUUAUGGAUAACUUUUUGCCUCCUCUCCCAUUAUAAACAACAACACAAAAUGUGGAUUAGUCUGACGAGGAGUGGUUGGAGACUUUUCCUGACAACAGGAAAGAAUGAUGUUAUGGGUGUAUUUAAUUGUACUUUUGUAAAUAUAAUGUAACAUUUUUGUAAUUAGACUGUAUCAAAUAAGAAUUAGACCUAUAUGUUGUCAUUUGUCAUUUUAUUUAACAAUAUCUGCAUGUAAAUACAAGACUCCACAGAAAGGUUAGACAUUUCUCUCAACUAUAGUUCUGCAAAAUUGAUUUUGAUUUUUCUCUUAUUUAAUGUAUAUUUGGAUUAACCUGCAAAGAUAAUUGAUAAUGGGAAGACUAAGGACUCCCAGGUCAACGAAAAACUCCUAGUUUUUCAUAUUGUGAACAAGUUAUAGCUUAUCAUUUUAUGGAAGACGCUUUCUGCAGAUAAAAUCAAUUACUCUGCGUUGGAAACAAGUUUUAGAGGAGAAAGAAUAAAUACAAAUCCACCGGUGUACUCUUGUAUAUGUUUUUAUUUUAAAAUUAAUCAAUCAUAAAUCUUUUGAAUUACCAACUAUGUCACAAGCUAGAUGAGAACCAAUCCAACUGUAAUAAACAGAUGUGAGUGACCAACAGCCACCUGUUGAAGGGACCAGUGAUAAAAUCGCAGGACCACUUCUAAAGAUUUAUUUAUUUUUGUGUAAGAUAAAAACUUCAGAUAUAUUGCUACUUAGGCACCUUACAACAGUGUACCCAUAAGUACUUAAUUAUUUGUUGAAGUGGAAAGGAAUCGAUGUUCAUAUUAUGUAAAAUGUUCAAGAAAAUUAUUUAAACUUCUCAUAACAAUAACUAUAAUAAAUGUUAUGGAAUAUACCAAUAGAAAAUAAAAUCUUAAAUGUUGAUAAAUUAUCUGGAUUGUGCAGAACACUUUGAGAAAUAAAAAUUGAUGAAAUAUCUAUUCCUGUUAUCACUUCCAAUUGUUUGUUUUAUUCUAAAGACAGAAAUAAAAAUGUUCACUCAUUG